UCUUCAUUUCUAUAAAUGUGAGUUGUUCCCACCCCCAGGUAAAUGGCAAAUGUAACUGUAAACGUGGAUGGACAGGAAGCUCCUGUGAGGUGGAUGAGGAUGAGUGUGACUCAAACCCAUGUCCGGACAAUGCAAAGUGCGAGAACACAGUAGGCAGCCAUCUAUGUAUCUGUAAUCCUGGCUACUAUAAGAACAACACCUUUUGUGAGGAGUGUGCUGAAGGAACUUAUGGUCAGGACUGUUCUCUUACUUGCACCUGUAACCUGACCAACUUAGAAUCCUGCAAUAAGGUAAAUGGCACAUGUAACUGUAAACGUGGCUGGACAGGAAGCUCAUGUGAGGUGGAUGAGGAUGAGUGUGACUCAGACCCAUGUCCGGACAAUGCACAGUGCCAGAACACAGCAGGCAGCCAUCAAUGUAUCUGUAAUCCUGGCUACUAUAUGAACAACUCUUUAUGUGUGGAUGUGAAUGAAUGUGAAGCUAGUCCUUCACCUUGUGCUCAAGUGUGUACAAACCGCGACGGUGGCUACACAUGCUCCUGCAACGACGGAUAUGCAGUUAACCAGACUAAUUCUAACCUCUGCUAUGAUGUGAAUGAAUGUGAAGCCAGUCCUUCACCUUGUGCUCAAGUGUGUACAAACCGCGACGGUGGCUACACAUGCUCCUGCAACGACGGAUAUGCAGUUAACCAGACUAAUUCUAACCUCUGCUAUGAUGUGAAUGAAUGUGAAGCCAGCCCUUCACCUUGUGCUCAAGUGUGUACAAACCGCGACGGUGGCUACACAUGCUCCUGCAACGACGGAUAUGCAGUUAACCAGAGUAAUUCUAGUCUUUGCAACGAUGUGAAUGAAUGUGAAGCCAGUCCUUCACCUUGUGCUCAAGUGUGUACAAACCGCGACGGUGGCUAUACAUGCUCCUGCAACGACGGAUAUGCAGUUGACCAGACUAAUUCUAGCCUAUGCAUCGAUGUGAAUGAAUGUGAAGCCAGUCCUUCACCUUGUGCUCAAGUGUGUACAAACCGCGACGGUGGCUAUACAUGCUCCUGCAACGACGGAUAUGCAGUUGACCAGACUAAUUCUAGCCUAUGCAUCGAUGUGAAUGAAUGUGAAGCCAGUCCUUCACCUUGUGCUCAAGUGUGUACAAACCGCGACGGUGGCUAUACAUGCUCCUGCAACGACGGAUAUGCAGUUGGCCAGACUAAUUCUAGCCUAUGCAUCGAUGUGAAUGAAUGUGAAGCCAGUCCUUCACCUUGUGCUCAAGUGUGUACAAACCGCGACGGUGGCUAUACAUGCUCCUGCAACGACGGAUAUGCAGUUGGCCAGACUAAUUCUAGCCUAUGCAUCGAUGUGAAUGAAUGUGAAGCCAGUCCUUCACCUUGUGCUCAAGUGUGUACAAACCGCGACGGUGGCUAUACAUGCUCCUGCAACGACGGAUAUGCAGUUGGCCAGACUAAUUCUAGCCUAUGCAUCGAUGUGAAUGAAUGUGAAGCCAGUCCUUCACCUUGUGCUCAAGUGUGUACAAACCGCGACGGUGGCUAUACAUGCUCCUGCAACGACGGAUAUGCAGUUGACCAGACUAAUUCUAGCCUAUGCAUCGAUGUGAAUGAAUGUGAAGCCAGUCCUUCACCUUGUGCUCAAGUGUGUACAAACCGCGACGGUGGCUAUACAUGCUCCUGCAACGACGGAUAUGCAGUUGACCAGACUAAUUCUAGCCUAUGCAUCGAUGUGAAUGAAUGUGAAGCCAGUCCUUCACCUUGUGCUCAAGUGUGUACAAACCGCGACGGUGGCUACACAUGCUCCUGCAAUGACGGAUAUGCAGUUGAUGAGACUAAUUCUAAUCUUUGCUACGAGGCAGUCAAUUCCACAUUUGAGACAACCUUACAGUACACGGCUGCUGGUAAAGACUUGGACAACAAGCAAGGGCAGGACUACUUAGAACUCAAAGCGAAAGUGGAGCCGGCGCUGAUGCAGAAAUUUUCUAGUGUAACAGCGUCAGUGAGGCAGGUUAUCAUCAACGAUAUGAGGCAUGGCAGUGUGAUUGUUGAUGCUACAGUACUCUUUGACAAGUCAGUCGAGUCCUUUUCACAAGAUAAAGUAGCCACUGCCUUUGUGGAACUUGCACAGACUGGUGUUGAAAUUGAUGGUCAGCCAGUCACAGCAGCUGUGAAAAUUGGGGACACUUCUGUGGGCACUGCCUCCAGCAAGUGCGACAUCUUACAGCGGGUAGAGCCCUGCCCAACAAAUACAACAUGCUUCAUCUCUGAUGCGGGAGAGGCUUACUGCAGGAAUGACAAUACUGAUGCUGAAGAGGGUGACUCAGAGAACAUGCCUCUCAUUGUUGGCCUCACUCUGGGUGGCUGUUUGAUGAUAGCACUGAUCUUGGCCAUCGUGGUGAUCAUCAGGCUCAAACGCAGCGGCAGUCAAGAGCGCAGCCUUGACAGUGACAGCAGUGAAGAACGCAUGCAUUACGACAACUAUGUCAGAGCAUCACCAAGAGAGAGUUUCAAGAACACCCACCCUCAGUUCUUCUACAGACCCUCUGACCAUUAUCGCAGACAGGCGCUUGGGAACACUGACAGGAAGAAGUUUUACCCUUAACUCUUUAUGCCUUUUCAAUGGGGCUGUUGCGCUGCUGGAUUACUAGAAAAAAAGUAACUACAUUGUAAUAUAACACACAAGACAAUAUAUGUAUAUUGUAAUAUAACACACAAAACAACAUGUAAUAUGGUACAUACAUGAUACAUUCAAAAUUUGUUGCCCGUUAUGCAAUCUUCUCAAAAGCAACUUAGUGACUUGAUUUCAUCAAUAGAUCAGAACACAAUUUGUUGCUUUUUGUCAUGCUGUGCAUCCAUUGACAGAAAUUGCAUAUAUUAUUAUUGAUGUUGCGUUUACGAAUGAAUCAGUACAUGGUUUGUAGCUCAAAUAACAACAUUCCAUGCCGUCAUUUGUCUUUGCCAUGUUUUGUGACAGAUUUUUGUGAUAUCUGGGCUCUGUGGACCUUGUACAACUGCAGUAUGACUGUGUCAUUUGUUUGUUGGUGUAGUAGUUCUUCUUUUUAAUGUCUUUGGACUUUUGGUGCCUUAUACAUCAUUAUGACCGUAUUUUUCUAGAAUAUAUAGCAUUUAGUCAGGACUUUUGCAUUAGCAUUAAAAUUGUUAUUUUGUUAUUGACCAUUUACCUACUGUAGUUUAUGGAGGUUGCCACUAUCACUUAACUACUGAAGUCUUUGGUGAUCACCAAACAUUUGCCCUGUGCCUGACAUUGAGGUGGCAUGCAUCUCUGUGAGGCUUAGGCAAUUAGUCCAAUUAGAAUAUGACUGAAAUUGUGCCUACAAAACGAAGGUAAAGUCCCUCUUUCUUCGAGUUUUUGAUUGGUUGAAACUGACUCUGAAAUAAUGCAUGCGUGGAUUUUUAAAGUAAAUAUGAAGAAAUGGAGGGUGCAAUGGAAUUGAAACUUAGACAAAUCUUAGAAAACUUUGAAAGUACACAAUAACUUAACCAGAUCAUUUUAAGUAUUUAAAGCUGUUUUAUUCUUUCGGUUUCACAUGUAAGGACAUUUAAUUUAAAUUGAGUUUUUCAAUAGACAUUAUUUAUAAUAGUUUUAGAGGAUUGUUUUCCUUGGUCUCGGGAUUCAGAAUGUGUAUCAGAACUGCUCCCUAGGGCUUAUUAGUUAAUAAUAGAAAUUAACUUUUAUUCGUAGUUGUUUUCUCGUAAAGACGUAUAGACCCCUACUCAGUUUUAACUCAUUGCCCUGAAAAAGAAUUAUUUUGUACUUUGAUCAAACUGUUUUUAAAUUUUAAUGAAGCUUAGAUUUUUAUAGCAUCUUUACUCAAAUGUUUACUGUGACCUGGUUUGAUCAUGUCCUUUCUCCUUUUUCAUCAUUUUUACAGAAGACUAUCUAUUUUUACAACAUAAUGCGCUGUUCAGCUAGAUUGAAUUUUGAGUCUUUAUUAUGGCCCAGACACAUGUGGAGCUAUCAAUUUUCUGUCAGGACCAUAAUUUCUGGGAUUAGAAUUGGCUUGGCUGACUGCUGCAAGCCAGGGAUCCACUAAAAAAUUCUUUAAUCCAAAAAAAAAAAUCACUAACAAUAAAACAAUUUAUGUGAAUGUUAAAUAAAGUGGCCCACGGGUACAAGAGUGAAACAGAAUAAAAGAGGAUAAAAGGCUUUUUCAGAAAGAAAGAUGGGGUGGGAAGAACCUGGUAAACUAUAGGAACAUAUGUCCCAGAAGGUAAUAUAUACUAGGUCUACAGAUAAAAAUGUUACUUCUAACGUAUUUUUUAGACCAGAAUGUACCUUUCUGAGCUCACUUAUAAUGGAUUAUAAGGUGGUUAACUCAUUUCUGUUAUUAUUUUUUUAUCCCCUUUCACACUUUUUUUUAUCAAGCUCCAGAAAACAAAAGGAGGCUUGAGAAGGGUUUGUGUGUCGUACUUUAUGAGAGUCGUCGAUCUUUUGACUCACAGGAAAUGCUGUCCAGAUAUAUCUGGUGCAGUUGUCUUUGAGGACUUAGAUAGAGAAUUAGAGACUUGAUCUAAUAGAAUUCUAUAAUUUUUCCUAUCUUCGCAUAACUUUACUGGUGAGUACAUAGACUUUUUCAUGGUGUAAUGAACUGCAAAUGUACCUAAUUCGUCAUGUUGAUUACAAACUGUUUUAUUGAAAUCUUACAAUUUGUCCAUUCUAUAUAAUUAUCUUUUAGAUAUAAUUAUCUAUAAUAUUACCAACUGAACUUAUAUUAUAUCAACUGUUUGUUAAGGUUAAGUAUUUAAAUUACAUUGCAUAUAUACAGGUGAAGUGAAUACCUUUAAAAUAAUAUCAAGGCAUUGUAAUUGUUCAUGUGCAUGUUUUGAACAUUUUGUAAAUGAGAGUGGAAUUUCUCACAUUCAAAUAAACAAAAUUGAUUUAA